GAAUGUAGAAAAGGUUUAGGGAAAGUUAGGGGUGAAUGAAGACAUCACGGUAAGAGGGUGCAUGUUAUAACUGAAUUUAUUGAGCCCUUUAGUUAUAUUCAGAGCAAGGUGGAAUUCUAUACCUGGAAGUGUUAACCAUGGAUCCUCUGCUGGCUGUGAAAGUCGGAUGCCUGGUGGCUCUAUUAUUUAUCACAUUGAUCUGCGGCUUGGCACCUGCAUUUGCCAGCUGGUUUCUGAAGAGCAGUGUUAAAGAUAACUACAAGCUCGUUGUAUGCCUUAUCAGUUCUUUUGCAGCUGGCAUAUUCCUCGGUGCCUGCUUACUUCAUGUUGUUGCAGAUUCGUUGUCAGAUAUAGCUGCUGAGCUGUCCUAUAUUAACUAUCCUAUGGGAGAACUGAUCUUGUCUCUGGGCUUCUUCCUGGUCCUUCUUAUUGAAAGAAUUGUUCUGCAAUUCUGUCAUAACCAGCAGAAUGCCUCUCAAGAUGGGUUACCAUUACCAGAAACCCCGACUCUCCCAGAACCUGACUACGAAGAGAAGCAGGAAACUCCAGCAGAGAUAGAUGCGUCAGUUGCAGAGCCACACAAUCAUAUUCAUCCUAAUGUCUACAUUCAUGCCUCAUUCCGCUCCCUUAUUCUUUUCUGUUCCCUCUCCAUUCACUCAGUCUUUGAAGGUCUGACCAUUGGGCUACAGUCCAACUACUCUAGUGCUCUACAGAUUGCCAUUGCAGUUCUUAUCCAUAAGGGAAUCAUUGUCUUCAGCUUGUCCCUCAAGCUACUGCAGAGCAUGACCCGACGAGCUUGGCUAGUAGUCUACAUAGUGUUGUUCUCUUUUAUGUCACCCGUUGGCAUUAUGAUUGGCAUUAUUGUUACAUUAAACAAGUCCUCAAUUGUAACUCUGGUGCAAGCUAUACUUGAGGGCAUUGCCUCUGGAACAUUUGUAUAUGUCACAUUCUUGGAAAUUCUCCCUCAAGAGCUUAAUACCUCAGAAAAACCACUUCUUAAGGUUCUUUUUAUUGUUAUCGGCUUCACUAUUAUGGCAGUCAUAGCCAUCUGGGCCUGAGAUAUUUGUAGUGAGCAGCUAAUGAACAGUAUAUCAGGGAAUGAUAGUGGCAGAAAUUGGAAAAGAAAAAAGUGAUUACCUCCUAAAAUGAGAUGUCUGUGUAUUGUGAUAUAAAAGAACAUGUUCUUGAAAAGUAACGUUUGCUGUGCACUGCAAGUAACUCAAGGGUAGAUGACUGAUUUUAAAUGGCUGUUUACAGCCAUAGGUCAAGGGUAUAAAGGGAAUAUUCAUGUAUACACUACACUAAACAGAGCAAAACCAUUAGUUAGAACACACUACUGCUUGAUAGGCCCUC